AUGUCAAUCGUACCUUUGCCUGAAGCCACUGUCCGCAACCUGGGAUCCAGUCUUGUCAUCACCAGCCCCGUGGUUCUACUCAAGGAGCUUGUAGACAAUGCCAUCGACGCCGGAGCGACGUCGAUCGAUGUGUUGGUGUCUCCUAACACGAUUGACAAGAUCGAGGUUAGGGAUAAUGGCCAUGGCAUUAGCCCUGCCGACUUUGGCUACCUAGGUUGCCCCGGCCACACAAGCAAGCUCACGUCACUGGAUGAACUCGACACUCUGGGAGGGAAAACAUUGGGGUUUCGCGGCGUUGCAUUGGCCAGUGCCAACACCCUCGCAAAUGUUUCUCUGACGACUCGAGUGCCAACCGAGCACGUUGCCGCUGCCAUCUCUCUCGCGAAAAGGGGAGGAGUUGACACCCUACGGUAUGUUGGCGCUCCAGUUGGCACCACUGUCCGUGUGACGAACUUGUUCUCGCAUAUGCCCGUGAGAUCACAGGUUACCGUCAAGGAGGCACCGAGGAAUUUGGCAAGAAUGAACGAGCUUUUGCAGUCCUAUGUACUUGCGAGACCGACAGUGAAGUUGCGAUUCACAGUUCUGAAGACUCCUAACCUCUCGUGGUCUUAUGCCCCAGCGGCGAAUGGGGAGAUUAAGGCAGCAGCAAUUCAGCUUUUUGGCACAGAGCUAGCGUCUCAGUGCGUAUUCAAAACUUCCCCGAGCCAGAUAACUCCAGGCGGCGACAAAACUUCAAGGGAUGAGAACGUCCCCGAUUGCUCUCCGAAGGAAGGAACAAGGGUGAUCUUCGAAGCUUUGUUGCCGAGACCCACGGCUGACCCCCAGAAAAUUUCCAAGGGAGCUUUUAUCUCUGUGGAUGCUCGACCACUCUCGGCCUUUCGAGGAGCGGCCAAGAAACUGCUGUCCAUCUUCAAGAAACGCAUCGGGGACCAUUUUGCAUCGAUCCACUCGGAGACCAUUCUCAGAAAUCCCUUCAUCAGGUUGAAUAUCCGGUGUCCCCCCAGUACUUACGAUGUUAACGUUGAGCCGUCCAAGGAGGAUGUUAUCUUCAAGGAGGAACAUAAUAUCAUUGAUCAGUUCGAGUCAUUUCUUUCAUACGUGUACCCUGCCUCUGGUGUUGGGCAGUCACGGCCGCUACCAAUAACCACCACAGGAACGAGCGUUGAAGCACCUGGAAGGAAGACCACGAAUAUUUCGAAUUCAUCUCUGUCGCUACAGGCUACGGCUUUGUCGUGGAGGGUCGACAUGUCGUCAGGUCUUGAUGGCAUGAGCGAUGAUGAGAUUGGCGAUCAGGCUACUGGCCACACACCACAAUAUACACAACAGGUGGUUGAGGCUGAAGCCCGCGAAGGGGACAAUGAACAGCCUCUAAACGAGGGAUUGAAUCCCUGGUCUAUCGCCAAACUUACCGGAAAACCCAAAAAUAAUGCACCCCAGGACCAAGGACCCGUGCAGGAUACACGGCGGGAAACCCAACCUCAGUCAACAGAGCUUAGCACCACAGACCCCUUCAGUGUGAGCUCGCCGCCACAUAUGCAGGAAUCAAGCUUAAGACACAGCCGGGGCCCCCAACAUAGUCCUCGCGAUAGGCACAGGAACCCGGAAUCACAGGGCAGGCGUUUCAAAGAUUUCACCGGGCACAAACAAAACAAGCCGACUGUCAACUCCACUCGCCUGUCCAACCAGCAGAACCGGCCUCGUCGUUACCACGUACUUCAAAGCCCGCCAACUUCCUCUCCGCAUGACCAAGAUCGCGAGCGGGUUGUUUCAAGGGACCGCCCCCGCCCGCAAAACUUAACAGGGCCGACCCGCAUAAUCCAGUCCCGGCUUCCAUUCGACAGAAACAGUAACCGGCUAAGGCUCCGUGACCACCCCGAUCUUGGUCUUGACCUAGAUCAGCAGGUCUCAGAGACUACCCGGCGAGACAUGCUCGCAAGGAACCCGCCAAUAACUCGUCUAGUUGAUGUCGAGGACGAGGACACCAUGACCGGAACGUUUGUCGGGGUUGAUUCGGCUGGCGGAGCCACUGUCCAACAUAUAUCGCCUGUGUCUUUGUCAUGCACUGUUGGAGGUGAUGAAAGCGCAACCGAGGCCCAGCUGGCGGGAAAGCCAGAUGAAAACACUUCCCAGCCGCUUCUACGAACUGAUGAUCCCAGGGCAAGACUCAUUCAACAGCAGCGCCUUACCGCAGCGAGCGUGCGGAAAAAGCCCAAGCGGCUCAAAACUGGCCAGCUGCCCCUCGAGACAAUACCCUGUGAUUCCAAGACGUGUGCCCUAUUGCUGGGAAUGGCAGUCGAUGCGAGUAGUUUGGCACAGCUGCUUACCGAAGCCUCUAGAUUCGACACUUGGUUGGUUGACGGGGAGCUGAGAGGAGCUUUUGAGGACGGGACCGAGCCCAAGGACACAGCCAGGUUGAUGGAGCCCUUGUUGGCACGGCUUGCUUACGGAACAACUGUCAACGCCUGA